AGCCGUAGACAAUUCUACCAUCAUUUUCUUUCUUUUUUUCCUCCUAAUCUUUGGCUAAACGUCAAGUGGUCGCUCCCUCUCUUCUCAGCUCUCCUUAUUUAACGAGCAGACGACAUCUUCGUUAGCCCCUCCACCAUUCUCUCUUCCCAGACAAGCAAGCCCGUGACAGCAUCAACUGAUCCUCAUCCCUCAAAACCUGAGACUCAACAGCUCAGUUCAUCCGGUCAAACUCACGAGAGGCUCCAAAAGGGCGCAAAAAGCAAACGCCUCACGAGCGCAGGUUCACAGGAAAUCUUGAGGCCAUCCCCCAAUGGAAAGGCAGAGGGAAAGCGGGAGCAGUGGGGAGGUUCUUGAUGGCUCCAACAUAAUGGAGUUGGUUGAGAACGAGGAGGUGUUCGCCCACUUCGUGGAUCAUAAGUUUGAGCAGCUGGACCACGACCGCGACGGCCAACUCUCAGUCAAGGAGCUCGAGCCCGCCGUCGCCGACAUUGGUGCCGCCCUCGGCUUGCCUGCUCAGGGCUCUUCGCCUGAUUCAGAUCACAUCUACUCCGAGGUUUUGAAUGAGUUCACCCAUGGAAAACAAGAGAAAGUGAGCAAGACUGAGUUUAAGGAGGUGCUAUCUGAUUUCCUGUUGGGCAUGGCUGCUGGCUUGAAGAGAGACCCUAUUGUUAUCCUCCGCAUUGAUGGGGAGGACCUCCUGGAGUUUGUCAAUGGCCCAAGUUUUGAGUCGGAAAUGGUCUCUAUAUACUCGCAGAUAGAAGUGCCUGAUGGAUCGGUUCGAGAUUACAUUGUCAAGGCCUUGGAGAAAUUAACAGUUGAACAAGGGAUGCCCCCAUGUUGCGACUCUUGGGUCGGGAGCAACAUCGUGGAACCAGCUUUGCAGUCUGGAGCAGAUGAUAAUUUAGACAAGCCUGUCUCUGAAGAGACAUUCUUGGUGGAAUUCAAGAAAGUAGCAGAGAGAGUGGCUCAACGUCUUAAGGAGCAGCCUGUGAUCGUCGCUCACAGCGAGAAUACCUUUGAUGGGAGUGGAAUUAAGAGACUGUUGUCAAAUAAAUUCGAAUUAGACAAGUCGCUAAAUGCAGCCCUGGAGAAUGUGCCAAAAGAUAAACAAGGGAAGAUCUCGAAGGAGUAUCUGCGUGUGGCACUGGAUGCAUUGGCCCCUUCAGCCGGAUUACCUCCAUUUGGGGCAGUUGAUCAGAUGGACACUAUUGUAAACGAAGCCUUCAAGAUGAUGGACGCGGACGACGGGAAGAUUGUGAAGGAAGAAGAAUUCAAGAAGAUGCUCGCGGAGAUACUGGGGAGUGUCAUGCUGCAACUAGAGGGCAACCCCGUCUUGGUCUCAUCGAAUUCAGUCGUGCACGAGCCUCUCGAUUCUUCUUCAUCGCUUCUGCAGGCGACUUCCUAGUCUGUCAGGUCUCUUAUAUACAUAGAGAGAGAGGAACAAGAAGGAUAAAAAUCGAGACGAAGCAGCAUGAUGAUGCUAUUAAGGUAUAUCUGUGUGUCGAACGUAAAUAAUGUACUCUGUAGUCUGUAUUAUCGUGCUAGUGAAGUUCUUGUCUAGAAAA